CAGUCUUUGACGACGGGUUUAAGGGUAAUCAACCUCCCAGCGACCAUAUCGCGGACAAACAGCGCGCUGUCGAAACUCUUGUUGCGCUCACGGCGCAGGUAAAACGUACCGGCGAGCACCCUGGAUCUUACCCCAGGUUCACCCACCCUUGGUUGCAAGUUCCUCCAGACAUUGUUACCCUUUUUAAUAUCAACCUAAGGCCGAGCAGAGAGCGUGCUGUUACCACAACUGAAGAAGUAUUACAACACUUUGUCUCGCUGUACUCGGAGCACUUCCAUCAGCUGUGGCCGCUUCUUCCGCGCCGCAUACUGGAAUCGGGCAACAUGCAUCCUCUUCUCUAUCUUGUAUUGGCGUCUAUUGGUGCCAUGUACAUGGACGGUUCCGCUUCUGAAUGCGGUGCCUUCUUGCACAAUGCGGUACGGCAACGACUCGUCCUUCCAUUGGAGCUGGACGCUGCCGACGAAAGUCUCGUCUGGUUGGCACAGGCUAGGCUGCUAGCCCAAGUUGCCGCGCUAUAUUUCGGCCAGCCUCGGGCUUUUUCGUACGCACAGCACCUCGGCGCUUUGCUCGCCACGCAGGCGCGCAGAAUGGGUCUCUUUACCAAUGCCAGCCAUCAGCUUCUACAAUUGAAGAGGAUGAAGGGUACUGCCACCGAUGCUUCGUGUCUAGACUUGUGGCUGUCAAUUGAGGAGCGACGCCGUCUCGCCUUUGGCAUAUUUCGAGGUGACACCUUCACUAGCGUUUUGCUCAAUUCCAAGCCACUGUUAUCACUGGAAGAGAUUGCUCUCGAAUUUCCAACCUGUAAUUCAGUCUUUAAUGGCGGCGCAGAUCUCGAACCACGGCUCGCGCUCGACAUAAUCGAGCACUACCGGACGCCCAAUCAACAUGUGCGGGCCUCGGAUGCUUUCCAUGUGCUGCUCGAGAGGAAUGAGAUUCUCCCGCCAUUGGAACCGGGUGCCCAUGAGAUUCUAUUAUUCGGAUUACAAUCGCAUGUCUGGCGGUUUUCCUAUGAUCGUCAGCUUCUGAGGCAAUUUCCCGCGGCCGGAGGUGCAGAUGCAGGGCUCGAGGAAAUGCCUUUGUGUGAGACUAUCACCAGCCAAUGGUAUACAGAGAGCGAUCCUUCCGGUCUUCCCUCCAAGAAACGACGAAGAGAUACGUUCAUAUCAGAGGUUGACUCUCUCGACAAUCGAUCAUAUCAAAUGGCCGAUCUCGUCAGCGAGCAGCAACGGCUCUCGGCUGCCCUGACAAAGUGGGAGCGGGCUCUGCCGUUGGCAAAGACCCUUGCGCGCAAUGAGGAGGAUCGGAGCUACCUGCUAAGUAGUCUGAUACUCUAUCAUCUUAGCCUCAUGCGACUCUACGCUCCUGUCGAAGACAUUCACCAGAUUCACUACCGCCUCGCUGAUAAUCAACUGGUGCCUCACGAGCUCGUGGCCAGUGUUCUCACAUGGACGCGAUCUCCUGAAGCGCUCAUAGCCGUAAAGAGGGUUCGUUCUGUCUGGUCUCUCAUCACACAGGAGGCGCGACAAGGUCGGGCAAGGUCACGAUUCAACUUCAACGCAUACGUUGGUCUUCAUCACGGUGCAGCCAUAUUAUGGGCUUAUCACGGAGCUACAAAUUCGGACGAGACAGAUGCACGACGGUCUACAUCAAGCACCAGCGGGUCGCUGCAUCUGCGUCAAGCUGAAAACUCAUCUCCAAUGUCUCCAAUGCACGUUGAUAAGACGGAGGGAACAGGCAUCCGCCACACAUUCGAAGACUUGUUUCACGCAGUGAGCCCUGCACGGUGGUCUUCCUUUGCUGAAGUUGCCCGGACCUUGACUGUUCUUCUGUUCCCAAAAAGUAGUGGCCCUUUGAAUGACGAAAUGUAGUUUUGGUGAACCUAGGUCGCGCCAAUCUACAAUAAGCUAGCGCCGCGGAUGGUGGGACAUUUGGCGUGCGACAGGCACAAUCAGUGUAGGUGAGACCCGGAUUAGUUGGUGAUUGAUCGUCGAGUAUGGAAUCCUCAAUUGCACUUCGCCUGUAGGGCAAGGAAUCACUAUCAGCAAGGCCAUUCGACGCAGCUAGCUGCUGAGU